UCUGAACUUACACCCAACUCCAAGAGAAGACAACCCUGCACCUUUCCACCUUCCCCCUCCCACCACCUCCCCACGCGACUGCGCGAGGUCCAGGAGGAGGAGAUCCGUUGCUUCCAGUGGCGGCCUCCCUUUCUUCGGCGACCACCGCGCCCGCUCCUCCGGGAAAGCAACUCCUCAUCGGAUGCUAGGCUGCCACCGCGCGCGACGGCCACCGCCCACCUGGUGAACUAGGCAACAGGAUUGUUUAAGGCAAGGCAAAGGGGAUUUGAAGAACACAAAUUCGUCUCCUGAGGUGAACUCCGGGCCAUGGGGUCAGGGGACUGGUUCAAGACCAUCAUCAGCAAGAAGAAGUCGAAACGGGGCAAGUCAAAGCACGCAAAGGUUGCUGCUCAACGCAAUGGAGCCAACCUGCCACAGCAAAAGCCCAACAGUGGCCCUUCUUCCAGCAGCGACCCUGAAGACAACGCAGCACUAGAAGAUUGGGCAGCUACUCGGAUUCAGAAUGCGUUUCGGCGCUACAAGGCAAGGAAAACUCUCCGUUGUCUGAAAGGACUUAAAAGACUGCGCAUUGUUGGGCACAGCAAUCCAGUGAACAAGCAGACUACCGCCACGUUGAGCUACAUACAGUCUUGGAACAAGUUACAAGCUGAGCUAACACACCGUCGUGCUUUCAUGGUUACUGAAGGGCGCAAUAGGAAGAAGAAGGAAGAGAAUCAAGUAAAACUUGAUGCAAAACUACAGAAUUUGCAGGUUGAGUGGAACGGAGGCUCGAAAAAUAUGGGUGAAAUGCUGGCCAUGAUACAUCUAAGGGAAGAAGCAGCAGUAAAGCGUGAGCGAGCCAUGGCAUAUGCGUUUAACCAUCAGUGGAGGGCAAGGUCUGCCACAAGCCUUGGGAACUUCAAUUACGGAGUUGGUAACGGUGGCUGGGGCUGGAGCUGGAUGGACCGCUGGAUCGCUGCACGGCCAUGGGAGCCCCGAUCUAUGGUCCACCCUGAGAACCCAAAGAAAGGGCAGUCAAAGAAAGAUAGCAUCAGCACAAACAAGUCGGCUCUGAAGCUGCAAGGCGCAAUCAGUCUAAGCAACAACACAAAUGACCGGAAAGUUCCGAAGAAAAAGUCAUCCCCCUCUCCCGACAAGAAGAAGCCAAUUGCGAAAAUGGAGCAGAAAUCAAAGGUGGCUGGCCCUCCCAGUGCAAAUGCAAAGGAUAUGAGGAAGAAGCAAGUGAAGCAGCAACAACCUCCGGUUCCUGCGAUCACUGCUUGAAAUCCGCUGCGAGAUGGUUACUGGUCAUUGUAAGAUACAUCCUGUGAAGUUCUCUUUCUUUUUCCACCCUUUCUUCGUUUGUCUCUUACAUUGUUGUUUUUACAUGAACAAGUGACCAAUGUAGAAUGUGUUUGGUUUGGGCGAUUGCACACAUAUCUAAUGAGAGUGGUUUUGGUUA